AUGAAUUUGUCUCGUUUUUGGCGCAUAUUUAAACCCUCAACAAUCGGUAUUCGUUCGUUAUUUUUGUAUCAAAAAAACUUUCCAACAUUGCCAGUCAUUAAGGGGAAGUUUGAAGCUAUGCCCAAAUCUGCCCAACGCUUUGUUGCUAAAUGGGUGGAAAUAUGUAAACCAACAGGAGUGUACAUAUGUGAUGGCAGCAAAGAAGAACGUGAAGAACUUAUAAAAAAAUUAGUUGAAUUGGGUUCUUUACAUAAACUACCACCGUAUGAAAACAACUAUAUCACAUGUACUGAUCCAAGUGAUGUUGCUCGUGUUGAAUCAAAAACUUGGAUCUGUUCAGAGCAUAAACAUGAUACUGUACCAGAUGUAGCUCCAGGAGUUAAAGGUGUUCUUGGUCAAUGGAUUUCACCUAAUGAUUUGAAUACUGAAAUUAAAGACCGUUAUCCUGGUUGUAUGGAAGGUCGUGUACUUUAUGUGAUUCCAUUCAGUAUGGGUCCAAUUGGAUCACCAAUGAGUAAAGUUGGGAUUGAAAUAACUGAUAGUAUUUAUGUUGUACUAUGCAUGAUAAUUAUGACACGUAUGCAUCCAGAUGUAUGGGACGUUAUUGAAUGUUGUAAGGAGUUUGUUAGAUGCGUUCAUAGUGUUGGAUGCCCUACUUCAUCUCAUCGCAAAAUCAUCAAUCAUUGGCCAUGUAAUCCAGAGAAAACUUUAAUUUCUCAUGUACCUAAAGAACGUUUAAUUAUGAGUUUUGGCAGUGGUUAUGGUGGUAAUUCAUUAUUAGGGAAAAAAUGUUUUGCAUUACGUAUUGCCGGUUGUAUUGCUCGUGAUGAAGGCUGGUUAGCUGAACAUAUGUUAAUUAUGUCUGUAACAAAUCCAAAAGGUGAAGAGAAAUUCAUAGCCGCUGCUUUUCCUAGUGCUUGUGGUAAAACAAAUAUGGCUAUGCUUGAACCAUCAUUGCCUGGUUGGAAAGUACAAUGUGUUGGAGAUGAUAUAGCAUGGAUGCGUUUUGAUGAACAUGGUGUUCUUCGAGCAAUCAAUCCAGAAGCUGGUUUCUUUGGCGUUGCUCCAGGUACAAACGCUAAAACUAAUCCGAAUGCAAUGGCUACAUGUAUGAAAAACACUGUUUUUACUAAUAUUGCCCAAACUAAAGAUGGUCAUAUCUUUUGGGAAGGACUUGAAGAUCAAUAUAGUCCUGAUACAGAAAUUAUCACAUGGCUUGGUGAUCAUGUUAAAUUAUCUGAUAAAAGUAAAGAUCCUAAAGCACAUCCAAAUUCACGAUUUUGUUGUCCUGCUAAUCAAUGUCCAAUUAUUCAUCCUAAAUGGGAAGAUCCACGAGGUGUACCAAUUUCAGCUAUAAUUUUUGGUGGUCGUCGACCUGAAGGUAUACCAUUAGUUCUACAAUCAUUUGAUUGGAAACACGGUGUUAUGUUAGGCGCAGCAUUAAAAUCAGAAGCAACUGCGGCCGCCGAAUUCAAAGGUAAACAAGUUAUGCAUGAUCCUAUGGCUAUGCGUCCAUUUGUUGGUUAUAAUUUUGGACAUUAUUUAAAUCAUUGGCUUAGUAUGGAGAAACCAUCACAUAAAAUGCCUUUAAUAUAUCAUGUGAAUUGGUUCCGUUUAAAUAAACAAGGUAAAUUUGUAUGGCCUGGUUUUGGACAAAAUAUACGUGUUAUUGAUUGGAUACUUCGACGUGUUAAUGGUGAAGAUAUUGGUGUCAAUUCACCAAUUGGUAUUUUACCUAAAAAAGGUUCAAUCAAUUUCGAUGGUUUAAACGUUGAUUGGGAUGAGAAUUUUUCACUACCAAAGGAUUAUCUUUUAGAGGACAUUGAUGAAACAAUGAAAUAUUUACAGGAACAAGUUGGUAAAGAUUUACCAGCUGUUAUUCAAAAUGAAUUAAACAAUCAACGUGAACGUAUUCAAUCUCAACUUUAA